AUGGAUCUCCAGAAGGUGCUGUCCCAGAUGAUUCUGCUCCUGCUUUUCCUUUAUCUGUCACCUCUGGGAGGUCGCUCUCAUCCUCUGGGAAGUCCUAGCCAGUCUCCAGAACAAUUCAAGAUGCAGAAGCUACUGGAGCUGAUAAGUGAAAAGUCAGAGGAAAUGGCUCAGAGACAGCUCUCCAAGGACCAAGGCCUCACAGAAGAACCUCUCAAAAGAGUCCUUCGGUCUCAAGACAGCACCUUCCGGGUCCAGCAGAGACCUCGAAAUUCCAAGGCGAUGCAUACUUCAAGCUGCUUUGGGCACAGGAUAGACCGGAUCGGCUCUGUCAGUCGUUUGGGCUGUAACGGUGAGCACCUACCUUGCCACUUCCCCGCAAAGUUGCACACCCAUCCCAUCCCCACGUAUGCCGCCCUCGGAGGCCCCUAG